AUGGCAAGUUUAACAGUUUUGUUGCGUCAUUCUGGCAAGUGGAACGAUGAGGGCAAUUAUAUCGAUUUUGCAAUUGAGGGAAUACUGAUUAAGGAGUAUGCCUCCUUUAAUGAUCUAGUUGCUUCAAUUUCUAAUCAACUGGGUAUAGAUUUGAGCUCAAAGACCAUUAAAAUACAAUACAAAGUAGAAGGAAAUUGCACGCCAAUGGAAAUACACAAUGAUAUGGGUUACAGAGUGUAUGUAGAAUUGAAAAAAGAGAACAGAGAAUUUGGGAUGUAUCCUUUGUGCGUAACUACUGUCGAAAAAGAGCUUAUAGAUGGAGAAGUUCAAAGGUACGAUUCCGAUACUGAUAAUACACUGGCUAUAGAAUUUGUCAAUUCAGGAGAAGCGAUUGGAGUGUUCGAACUCCACAAGGAUUUGAUAAUUUCAAAAACCAAUCAAAAGGAGGUUAUGGCUGGACAAGUUUAUAAGGAUAAGGCUACAUUGAAAGAGGUGAUGGAGAAUUAUGCUAUAGCUCAAAGGUUUCAAUUCUGGGUUGAUCGGUCUAAUGCUGUCAGCUAUGCAUUAUUAUGUAUUUCAGAAGAUUGUGAAUGGAGGUUUAAGGCUUCAAGCAUUAACAAAUCAGAACUAUUCAAGGUGAGAGAAUUCAAUGAUAACCAUACAUGUCCGCUGAAGGAUAAGGUGUACGAGCAGCGGCAGGCUAGUAGCAGCCUUAUAGGUGGUAUUAUAAGGCCAAAACUUACAAACCAUAAGAGGAAAUACACUCCGAGGGACAUUAUUGAUGAUGUGAAAUCAGAUUUAGGUGUAGAUGUUAGCUAUAUGUUGGCGUGGAGGGAUAAAGAAAAGGCAAUAAAUUUUCUUAGAGGUGAACCGGCUGAUUCAUACAAAAAAUUACCAGGAUACUUAUAUACAAUGGAUAUGACAUAUCCAGGUUCCCACAUCAGAAUGGUAAAGUCGCCAAAGAAUGAAUUCAUGUACGUGUAUAUAUCAUUGUAUGCCUUUAUAAGGGGGUUUGAUUAUUGUAGACCAAUUGUUGUUGUGGAUGGAAGUCACCUAAAAUCUUACUACACCGGGACAUUCGUUUCGGCAAGCACGUUGGAUGGUGCAGGUCAUAUGUUUCCACUAGCAUAUGGUGUUAUUGAUUCAGAGAACGAUGCUGCUUGGACAUGGUUCUUUGAGCAAUUCAAGAUAGCAUACGGUGUAAGGGAAAACAUGUGCAUAGUUUCAGAUAGAAAUGAGAGUAUCAUUAAAUCUGUAUCGAGAGUGAAUCCGGAUGUACCGCAUUUUGCUUGUAUAUGGCAUCUAUGGAAUAACGUAUAUAAGAAAUUCAAAAAGAGCCAUGCCAAGUUGAGCGAGAUAUACUUCUCGAUGGCAAAAGCAUACACAGAAGCUGAAUUUGACAGUCUAAUGGAGAAGGUGGAGAAGGUAGAUAUUAGGGUGAAAGAAUACUUAGAGUUAGAUGGUUACGAAAAGUGGGCUAGGUUGUAUGCACAUGUUAACAGGGGAUGGACAAUGACGUCAAAUAUUGCUGAGUCAAUUAAUGUCGCACUAGUUUUAGCAAGAGAAUUGCCAAUAUACGACUUCCUCGAAGAAGUUAGGAAGAUGUUUGGACGUUGGAAUUGUAGUAACUGCAAAGAAGCUACACAGACAUACAAGACGCUUGGGAAAAAAUACCAGGAGAUGCUGGAGUUGAAUGAGAGAAUGUGUACACGUAUGACUACAGUCUGCCUAUUAGAGAGAAAAUGUGUUUGUGGGAGGUUCCAAAUUGAUGAAUUGCCAUGCCCACAUGCUUGGGCUGUAUUGAAGAGCAAGUUUCUAAUGCCAGAAGAAUAUUGCUCUAACUAUUACAAAUCAAGUACAAUUGUAAUGACAUACGAUGUGCCAGUGUACCCGCUACCGGACAAAAAUGACUGGAAUAUGCCAGAACAUGUAGCAGAGGAGGUUGUACUACCACCCAAAUGGAAAAGACCUCCUGGAAGGCCAAAGAAGAAGCGCGAUAAAACUUUAAGUGAACUGCUGCAGCCGAAAAACCAACAUUCAUGUAGCAUAUGUGGGCAGGGAGGACAUAACGUGUAG